AUUCAUUCAGUGAAUGUAGAGACAUUCGAGCACAGUUCCUGCAAGCAGCAUAUGUAAGAAAUGCUCCUGUUUGAUUCUUGUGCAAGAUAUUUGCUUCUACAAUAAUUAGCACGCAAAGAUGGCUCUGUCUCCUCAGCGUUCUGGACAAACCUCGCCCGACAAAGACAAAUGCAGCGUGCCGGCGGAUAAAUGUUGGGGUGUGCCAAUGACGAUGUCGGCUGCCGUGUUGUUUCUCUGCAUGCCCUGUUCCGCCAUUGGUGUCAUCUUUGUGCUCAUCAUUGACAGGUUCGGAGUGACAAGAGAAGUGGCGUCCUGGCCUGAAAGUCUCUUCAGCGUAGCUGGUCAUUCGUCAGGACUUGUGGUCUGUGCCCUACAAUGCUGCUUAAAGACUUAUCACAUCAUUCUACUCGGCACCGUCCUUGUCUGCUUCGCAAUGGUGGCGUCAGCUUUCGCCCCAAAUAUUUUGUGGAUGACAGUAACAUUUGGCGCCAUACAAGGUUUGGGAUUCGGAAUGUUCUCUAUGUCAGUGGGCAUUUACAUAUUGCUCUACUUCGACAAAUACAGAUCAAUCGCAAUGUCCUUUGUGUAUGGCGCAUGGGGAGUAUCCGGCAUCUUUAGCCAGUACAUGAUUUCUCUUCUCACGGACGCCUACGGCCUACAAGGAGCAUUUCUCCUACUUGGUGGAAUUCUAUUGCAUUCGAUACCCAUCGUUAUGCUAGCCAAGAAUCCACAACCACUGGGCCACGGGUGGAAGCGAACGCGGAAUGCAUGCGCCUCCAGCACAAGCGAUGUCUGCUCGAGGUCACAACCGCGACAGCAUGACGCAGAAGUAAACGAACCGACGCAUCAACAUGGCAGCUCCACGAGACGAGCAGCGUUAAUAUUUGGCAUGCCAGCUUUCUACGCAUUCCUCAUGGCCAUCCUCAUCGGAGACUACACGAGCCUUGAAUUUCCCAAGACUAUAGUGGAUUACGGCAUCGACAAGGGACUUGACCGGGAUGCAGCGGGGAGGUUAUUAACUUUCUCCUCCGUGGGCCAGCUCUUUGGACGCGUCGCCGUCUCGAUUCUGGCUGAUGUGGUGCCUUCCUUUCGGGGUCCUCUCUACGGGCUCAGUUUCCUGACCUUGGGCGCCUGCUUUCUGGCGAUGCCUCACGCAUACGCGCUUUCUUCCGUGGCGGUUCUCUCAGUGCUACAAGGAAUCGCCCAAGGAUACGUACUGUGCAUCAAGUACGUGCUGGUUGCCGAAUACGUCGGCGUCGAGAAGACGCCAAUCUGCUGCGGUAUAGCGGGUGCAGUCGUGAUUCCGCUAACACUGGUUAGCCCUCUCGUAACCGGAUACUUUCGAGACACAAAAGGAACCUACGACAACUACUACCGAAUACAGGGAUCUCUCACUCUCGUAGCGGCUCUUGUCUUUGCAACAUUUUACUUGUGGAACCGUGGUCGAAGACAGUCAAUUGCGAUGAAGGAAUCCGAAGAAACGUCGCCGCGUCGAUACUGACCUCUAUUCUGUAUUUUCCAACGAUGAAUCCCGAGUGCUCGCUUUGUUUUCUCGGCGACACAUGCGACCUACAUCAACGCUUGCUAAUUUUGGUCUCUACUGCUCCGGACGUCACAGACCUCAAGAAACUAACUUAGUCUGUAGUUAACGAGUGCCCCAUAAAUAUUCAACAAAUGUACUGGCUGCCGUUUUACAUGUAACG